AUCUAUAACAUUAUCAAUAAUAAUAUCCCAUGUGGAAGCCAAUAGCCACGCUUACGUUUGUGCUUGCCACCUACGUCUCGGUAUUUGUAUACCUUGUGUGUCCUAAUGUAUCUGCCACCAGCACUGUCAUUCCUCUCGGGGUUUCUGACCUUCUGCUUGACUUGACACCAGCUCAGCCGUUUGUGUCACUCAACUGUCAAUACUUUAGUGUUUUCACACGUGAGAGCGUGAAUAAACUAGUGAACUCGGCAGAGUUCCACUACAAGAUAUAUGUGAAACCUUACUUGUCGUACUACACUCAGUAUUUCUAUCCAAAGCACAAGUUGUACGUGGAGACCCAGAUCACUAAAUGUUCAAACUGGUUCAAAUACUAUGUGCAUCCAAAGCUUGAAUACAGCGUCGCCACAUCAUGGAACCACUUACGCGUUUAUUGGGACUUAUUUAAGUUGCAAGUCCGCUGGGCAUUGUUACAUGUCACUGAGUCCCCUUACCACAAGAUUUAUCUUGAAUCAAGACUCCACCAUUUAAUUGAAACCUUUUCCAAUAUAUGUGCUAAGUUGACAGAGAAUUCAAAUUUUAAAAAGUUCCAGGAAAAGACUACUUUUUUGCAAAAUGAGUUUAACAAUUUAGUCAAAUUGAAGUUCGGGAAGCAAAAAAUUGACGUGAACGUAAAGGACAUCUACUUGGACGGUUAUGAUGAGGAAUACAAUUCCGACUCCGAACCCUUGACGGUGGUUAUAGUUUCGACAAUUUACGAAACCCAGGCAGGAAAUGCGGUUGGAAGUGUUGAAACUCGUACGCCGUUUGAAAUCGAAAUUGAUCAAGUGUUGGACUCGUUCGCUAUUAAAGUCAAUAAGACAGUUGAUUUGGCAUUGGCUAACAUUGCCAAUGAGAUCAAUCCGUUCAUCAACAGCACCAUUGAAAGCUUACAGGAAGAGGUAACUGAACUGUUUAAGCUCGUGCAACUGUUGAAUUAUGAGUCCUAUAAGAAGGCACAUGAGCUUAUUAAAAAGAUCGAUGGAGAUUUGUCAAAGAUCAAAGAAACCGGCCAGGUAGUGGAGACAGUUCAUAGACAAGAAAUGAGAGAUGUUAUUAGCGAAAUAAGGCAAUUUACUGAAGACAAGGCCAAAGACGUGGAAUCAACGGUGAAUGUUCGUUUUGCUGUCUUAAUCGACCGUUAUUUGGUUAUUAUCCAAGAUACCAUUGAUAUCUUGGAAAGUUUCAUGGAUUCUUCAUUCCAAGAUUUUUCCAACAAAUUGUCUUUGAAACUCUCUGAAUCAGAUAGUCAACAGUUGGAAUGGGAUACCUGGAAAAAAUUCCAUCAAUUAAAGAGCCUAGUACUUGAUCAAAGAGACCACAUCUUUGAUCAAGCCAACUAUUUAAAAGAUAAACUGUUUGAUAAAGUCGAUUUGAAUAAUGAUUUCACCAACUGGUUGAAGUUUCUCGGAUCAGUGACAUACCAUUUGAACUUUAUCACCAGAGACAACGAAGAGUAUUUGCAGUUGAUCCGUGCUAAAGCCAAUGUCAGCUACCAAGGGCGGGAACAAGCAGUUCGCGAGCUUGAGGCAAAAGCCGCCAAAGCAUUAGAGAAAGAAGCAGCAACUAUCGAAGAAGACGACGACAGUAAGUUGGAAUUGGAAUCAGAAACCCUAACCGUAACCCAAACCCUGACAAUCGUUUCCGCAGAUUCAUCCCCCGACUCAGAUGAACAGGAAGUAGAUGCAGACGUUGACUUCUCCGACGACCCCGAAGUCGACUUCGACUAGCUUGUACAUUAGAAGCUUACAUAGUUAUAUUCGUUUAUUUCAAUAUAUAGAAAGCGUUAACAGAACACACAAGAAAACCUCACUAUUCACUUGGAGGUAAGUUCCUUGAUCUUUGGCACCACCGUGGUAUUGUAGAAAUAGACAGCCUUAGUCCAAGCCAAAACCGAGUAGUCAUAGACGUAGACCUCAACAAUCUCCACAAGCUUGUAAAUUUCGAUCAAGAAAGGAUGAACAAACUCAUAAGCCUUGGUAGAGUAUGAAACAAAGUGUUCGUGGAUCUGGUACUUCUGGAAGAACUCAGUAGAGUGAACAUUCUUGUCCAAGAACGAUUGGGCGUUGGACAAGUGAGGUUUGGCAAAUUCUUCAGUCUUGUAGACAUAGUCACACAAAGACUUGUGGUGGUUAUUAAUUGGGUGUAAAAUAGCUUCCAAAGUGGAGACAUUCUCACACUUGUAUAUAUACAAGUAGGAGGUGUAUAAGGCCACCAAGGAAAUUAAGAUAAGUUUGACACUGGAGAAUAAAACCAUUGUUUAAGUUUAAGGAGUUCAAUUGAGAAAAUUUGCCCUCAGCUUUA